UACCGCAUUACCCAAGAUACAUCGACAAUCAGCGCGCCCCAGCAGCCCAGUCGGCCUGCAUAGCGGACGGUGGAAGCGGCGGUCGCCGUGCUGUCGUUGAUCCCGGCGCCCGCGGGGAUCGCGGCGGGUCGGCCAUGGAUCCGACGGUGAAAAAGGCGCUGCACAGCGCGAAGCCGAGCAUGAAUCCGUCGUCGCGCAAGGUCACGAGCCGCAUGGUCGAGAACCACCUGCAGAAGCAGCGGCGCGCGCCGGCGCAGCGGACGCGCGCGCCUUUCGAGAGCCCGGGCCGCGGACGGCGACCGUCCGCCUACGACCAGUGGAUCGCGGAGCUCUGCCGCGACGCCGAGGAGUCGGCGCUCGAGCGCGACCGGCUCAAGGCGAAGCUCGAGGGCCUGCGCGAGGACCACAAGCGCAAGGUCAUGGCCAAGAUUCUCGGCCGCCUGGGCAACAUGCAGUACUUCGUCGCCUGGUCCGCCUGGUACAACGCGACCGUGAAGAUGCACCAGAUGGAGGUCGAGGCGAAGAUCCGCGAGCUCAAGAAGGAGCUCAAGGAGUACACGACGAAGACGGCGGAGAUCGAGGAGGAGGCCCAGCGCCGCGCCGACGAGGCGGCGAAGAUGAGCCUGGGGGCGGCGUCCGAGUCGCAGCGGAAGCUCAUCCUCAAGAUCAUGACGAAGCUCACGCAGGGCCUCGCGCGCCUCGGCUGGAACCAGUGGGCGAAGCAGGCCUUCGGCCACAAGAUGCAGCAGCAGAAGAUGAAGAAGAUCAUCAAGCGGCUCUACAACGCCCAGCUCAACAAGGGCUUCAUCGCGUGGAAGACGAUCACGCAGAAGUGGAACCUCUUCGCGAAGCUCGAGCUCAAGGACAAGCUCAUCGCGGAGCUCGCGGACCUCGAGGCCAAGGCCAUCGAGUACAAGGCCGACGCGGAGAAGCGCCAGGAGGACGCCGCGGCCGCGGCCCUCGCCCGGGCCACGGGCGCGCAGAAGGACCUGCUCAUCAAGAUCAUGUCGAAGAUGUGCGGCAACUACAUGAUGAUGGGCUGGUCCGUCUGGAAGCUCCAGGCCGUGACCUUCAAGCGCAACCAGGCCCUCCUCUCGAAGAUCCUCAUGCGCCUCGUGCGCAUCAAGGAGCACACGGCCUUCAAGCACUGGCACGUCGUCGUCUUCAAGAUGAUCGCCGACAAGCACAAGCUCCGCGAGGCGCUCCUCGAGAACCAGCGCGACAACCUCAACAAGACGCUCGUCGAGCGGGCGCAGCAGCUCAAGGCCCUCCAGAGGGAGGCCAUGGAGCUGCUCCACAUGUCGCAGCAGAACGCGGCCGAGACCGCGGGCGUCAUGAUGACGUCGGACGCCUUCGCGGACCACCUCCACCUCAUCCUGGACAAGAAGGCGCUGGACAAGAAGAACGCGCCGUCCUACGAGGCCAUGCUCCACUCCAUGGGCGAGGGCGGCGCGCCGGACCCCGCGCGGACCCAGCAGCCGCCCGCGCGGCACGCGCCCGCGGCGAUGCCCGCCUACGCGAUGCCCCAGCCCGCCCAGGUGCCCGUGACGCCCGGCGGCAACCCGCUGCCGUCCGCGCCGCCGCCGACCAUGCCCGCCUACGGCGCGCCGCCGCCGUCGAAACCCGCGUACGCGCCGCCGCCGCAGAAGCCGGCCGCCGCGCCCAAGCCCACGCCGACCUACGCGCCGCCGCCGUCGAAGCCCGCGGCGCCCAAGCCCGCCGCCGCGGGCUUCUCGCCGCCGCCGCCGACCUUCUCGCCGCCGCCCCAGGCGACGGGCCCCCGGCCGACGGGGUCGCGGCUCUCCGGCGGCGAGCAGGACGACCCCGAGCCGAAGAUGUCCGACGAGGCCCAGAAGGCCGCGGACAUCCGCGCGGAGCUCCUCGUCUUCCUCUACGAGCUGGAGAAGGCGGGCCACAUCACGCUGCCCGAGGAGGGCGCGGGGGCCACGCCGCUCAAGGGCGGCCUCAACAGCCCCGUGCAGCGCCAGAUCCGAGGGCGCGAGAACUGGGAGGCGCCCAGCGACUCCUUCCUCGUGCCCGAGCUCGAGAAGCUCAUCAACGACGACCUCGGGGGCGUGCCGGGCCCGGGCCAGGUCGGCAACGAGAGCCUCCGGUCCCGCGGCGAGCGCGUGCUCAAGCCCCUGGCGCUCAAGGGCGACUCGAGGCUCUACGCGGCGAAAAAGGCCUACGAGGCCAGCGGCAACCUCGACGACCUCUGGGGCACGCUGGAGAUCCUCCAGGCGCUGCCCCCGGCGCGGGUCGUGUCCUAGGCCACUUGACGCCCUUCCCCGCUUUGUCCCCCCCCCGCGCCGGCGAGAAGAGCCCACUCCCGAGAGACCCACCUAAGAACGACGCCAGCGG